GCCGGCUUUCGUGUACGCGUUGUCUUUGACGUUGAAAAACCCAGUGAAAUUUUCCGGCGCGGAAAUUCGAAAACUGCGAUCCGGCUCGAAGGACCGUGGAUCGUGAUACUUUUUGAAAAAAAAAAUAAAAAUGUGCUCGAAUUACUUUUGAACUAUAGUGACUGAGUAAUUACGAUAACUAUUCCUAUGAUUACUUGUAAAUAGUGUAAAAUAUAAGCGUUUUGAAAAACUUUUUUUUUUUGGAAAAUGGGGUGGUUGGAAAAUCGCCACCACCACGUCAGGUGGAUUAUGUUACCGCUGGUUACUUUUUGGACGUUUCAGCUGAUUUUUGCAGAUUCGAAAUUAGCUUUGGGAUCAGGCGAUCCGACAGGAGUAUUGUGUCCGCCGGGAAUGUUCAAAUGUCCAGAAGGCAAAUGUAUACCGUCCCUCUGGGUUUGUAAUUACCAAAAAGACUGCGAGAAAGGAGAAGACGAGUUCCAGCAGUGCGCUCCUCCUGAUUGUGAACCUGGACAGCUCACCUGCAGACAGUACAUAUUCAACAAAACUUACUGUAUACCACCCCACUACAGAUGUGAUAUGAACGUGGACUGUAUCGAUGGAUCUGAUGAAUCGGAAUGCACGUACCGGAAAUGUCAAGCGGACGAUUUCCAUUGCGGCCCGAAAACUUCAGAUCCUUGCAUACCGAAGGAAAAAAAGUGCGACGGAUAUUUGGAUUGUAGAACCGGCAAAGACGAGCAAAAUUGUCCGGGAAUUUCUUGUAGGCUCGAUCAGUUCAGAUGUGCGAAUGGACAAAGGUGCAUCGAAGCUUCACAGAAAUGCGACCACAAAAACGACUGCGGCGACAAUUCCGACGAACAAGGCUGCAACUUCCCAGUCUGCCACGGAGUCCAAUUCAGAUGCGCUAACGCCCUUUGCAUCCCUGGAGCUUUUCGUUGUGACGGGUACCAAGACUGUAGUGACGGUAGCGAUGAAGUAAACUGCACCGCCAUAGCUUGCCCGGAUAAUAAAUUCUUAUGCCCCAAAGGAACACCGCAGGGCACUUACAAAUGCAUUCCCAAAAGUAAACUUUGCGAUGGCAAAAACGAUUGUGAAGAUCAUGCUGAUGAAGAAGCAGCAUGCUCGAAACUGGCUUGUCCUGUGUUAAAUUGUGAGCACAAAUGUCAGGCUUCGCUAACUGGAGGUCAGUGCUAUUGUCCAGACGGAAAAAUACUGGCUAGUGACAACAAAACAUGCGCAGAUAGAGAUGAAUGUUCUUUAUGGGGCUAUUGCGAUCAGUUGUGUGCCAACACACCUGGAAGCUACAGCUGCAGCUGUGCAUCUGGAUAUACCCUGAGAGAUCGUAACCGAUGCAUUGCUGACGACUCGAAUAACGUCCAACUAUAUUUUGCACAGGACAAAAGUAUUUUUAUGAUGAAUCCUUCAGGAAGCAAUGUGAAAAUCGUUGUUAAUACAACUGGCGCUAGCGGUUUGGAUUUUCACUAUAACAGAAAUGUGUUGUUCUGGUCCGAUGUCAAAACCAAAAGAAUCCAUUCGCAGCAGCUCAAAGGCACCUCUUCGUUUGGUCCUAUUGAACGUGACAUUGUUCUUCCAGGUACUUGGUUACCUGUAGCCAUAGCAGUGGAUUGGGUAGGAGACAAGCUUUACGUAGCAGAUGCUAUUGGUCAAAAAAUUGACGUAUUUGAACUGCAAGCAGCUCCUGGACAGAAUCGUGGUCACGCCAUAGCUUUAAGCUCCAACCUAAGCAAUCCAGCUGAUAUAGCAUUGGAUCCCACAGUUGGUCUGAUGUUUGUAGCGGAUAGCUCACAAGUUUUAAGAGCGAACAUGGAUGGAACCAACUCAUUUUCAAUUGUUUCCGAAGCAGCUUACAAAGCUUCCGGUAUUGCAGUUGAUAUUAUUGCCAAACGAGUCUUUUGGUGCGAUUCUUUGUUGGAUUAUAUUGAAACUGUGGAUUAUGAAGGACAAAACAGAUUUUUGGUUGUUAGAGGACAACAAGUCCCUAGUCCAGCACGCUUGGCAUUAUUUGAAACCAGAGUGUAUUGGACAGACAGUACUAAACAAGGAGUAAUGUCUGUGGACAGAUUCGAAAGCACUAGCAUCCAAAGUAUUUAUCGUAUGAGAGAUAUACGAGAUCCUAAAGCGAUCAAAGCUGUACAUCCUUUAGUGCAAAGAUACGUCAACAAUCCUUGCGGAAAUAAUAAUGGAGGAUGUCAGCACAUGUGUAUUGUUACCAAAACUGAAGCGAGAAUACCGAUUUUGGGUUACAGAUGUGCUUGUAAUAUUGGCUACAGAUUACUCUUGGAUGAACAAAAAUGUGACCUUAUUGAUGACUUUUUAAUGUACUCUCAGCAAAGAUUCAUCAAAGGUAAAGUUUUGGAUCCAGUUGUUGAAGGAUUUAGUGAUGCCAUCUUACCAGUUGUUUCUAGAAGAGCAAGGUUUGUUGGUUUGGACUUCGAUGCCAGUGAAGAGCAGAUUUAUUACUCCGAUGUGCUCCAAGACGUUAUCUACAGAGUGCAUCGUAAUGGCGAAUCCAAAGAAAUAGUUUUGGCCUCUCAAAAUGAAGGCGUGGAAGGUUUGGCAGUGGAUUGGGCUGCUAAAAAUUUAUAUUACAUCGACAGCAGAAAAGGUACCCUUAACGUCUUAUCAACGAGAAAUGUUACGUAUAGAAGAACUUUGCUGAAAAAUUUAAAAAGACCUAGAGCUAUAGUAGUGCAUCCUAAUAAGGGAUUUUUGUUUUUCUCUGAAUGGGACAGACCAGCAAAUAUUUCAAGAGCGUUUACUGAUGGUACCAAUUUAACAGUAUUCAAAAAUCUUACUUUGGGUUGGCCAAAUGGUUUAUCUAUUGAUUUUGAAACUGACAGACUUUAUUGGUGCGAUGCUUUACUGGAUCACGUGCAGCAUUCUAAGUUAGACGGCACGGAUAUAAGAACAGUUAAUUCAAGAUUGAUCCGUCAUCCCUUCAGCAUUGUAAUUUACAAAGAAUUUAUGUACAUAACUGAUUGGCGUUUGGAUGCCAUUAUCCGACUACAUAAGCUGACAGGUGAAGGAGAAGAAACUUUAGUACGGGAACCGCAAACUAAUAGAUUAUACGGAGUAAAGAUUUAUUCUAGAAGUGAACAAAAUGUUACCGAAUUGCAUCCUUGCCACAUGAAUAAUGGCGAAUGUCAAAAAUUGUGCUUUGCUAUACCAACAGAAAAUGAACGAUUAAUUUCCAAAUGUGGCUGUCCAUAUGGAGAAAGACUUAUAGAAGACCAAAAAACUUGUCAAGCUGAUCCUAACCAUGAGCCACCGGUACAAGCUUGCCCUAACAGUUGGGACUUUACUUGCAAUAACCAAAGAUGUAUUCCAAAAUCUUGGGUAUGUGAUGGAGAUGAUGAUUGUUUGGAUAAUAGUGAUGAAGAACAGAAUUGUACUAAACCUACAUGUAACGCGCAAGAAUUCCAAUGCAAAUCAGGCCGUUGCAUUCCAUUAACUUUCAAAUGUGAUGCUGAAAACGAUUGUGGAGAUUUCAGUGAUGAAACUGGAUGUGUUAAUGUCACUUGUAGCUCUACUCAGUUCCAUUGUGAUAAUGGAAGAUGUAUUCCAAGCAGCUGGAAAUGUGAUUCUGAAAACGACUGUGGUGAUGGAAGUGACGAAGGCGAUUCCUGCGCAGAAAAAACAUGCGCCUACUAUCAAUUCACUUGCCCUAGAACUGGACACUGUAUCCCACAAAAUUGGGUAUGCGAUGGAGAUGACGAUUGUUUCGACAAACAAGACGAACAAGAUUGUCCGCCAAUCACUUGCAAGUCUAACCAAUUCAAGUGCGCUGAUUUGAGACAAUGCGUACAAGAGAGCUACAAAUGUGAUGGGAUUCCUGAUUGUAAUGACGGCAGUGAUGAGUUGGGAUGCCCCUCCAUAGCACCCGAUCAAUGUAACUUGGAAAAACACUUCCAAUGUCAAUCGUCGGGCAUUUGCAUUCCAAAAUCCUGGCAUUGCGAUGGAACUCCGGAUUGUGACGAUAGAUCUGACGAACCUGACACGUGUGGCAACAUCGACAAUUGUCCUCUCAAUUUCUAUCAAUGCAGCAAUCAUCAGUGUAUUCAUAAAGCCUACAUUUGUGAUGGUGUAGAUGAUUGUAUAGAUCACUCGGAUGAAAGCUAUAUUCAUGCUUGCAAGAAGCCUCCAUUUAGGUGUCCAUUUGGUCAAUGGCUAUGUCCAGGAAUAACUGAUCGUUGUGUUAACUUGACCAAUGUUUGUGAUGGAAAAACAGAUUGUCCUAAUGGAGCAGAUGAAGGCCCUGAUUGUGACUUCAAAGAAUGCCAACAUCAGAGCGGCCUUUGUUCUAACGGUUGUAAACAAACUCCAACUGGUCCUUUGUGCUUGUGUCCAGAAGGAGAAACUCUGAAAAGUGAUGGCAUGAAUUGUGAAGAUCUCAAUGAAUGCGAACCGACAGGAAUAUGUUCUCAGACUUGUGUUAACACUAAAGGAUCUUAUUUUUGCAGCUGUGUUCCCGGAUAUCUUCUUGAACCAAAUAAGCAUUCUUGUAAAGCUUAUAAUCAUUCUGCUGCCUUCCUUAUAAUCUCUAACCGUCAUUCAAUUUUGGUGGCUGAUCUUAAAGAUCAAGGAUUAGAACGAGUGCCUAUAAUAGUAGAAAACGUAGUAGCCACAGCCUCAAAUAUGCAUUCAGGCACCAUUUUUUGGUCAGACAUGAAGUUGAAGAAAAUUUCCAAAUUGGAUAGGAAUAGCGUUCCAGUAGACAUAAUUUCCACUGGUUUGGACUUGGUCGAAGGUUUAGCCUAUGAUUGGAUAGGUGGCAAUAUCUACUGGUUAGAUUCAAAACUAAAUACCAUUGAAGUUUCUAAAGAAAGUGGCUCUAACCGAAUUGUGUUGGUUAAAGAGAAUAUCACCCAGCCUAGGGGAAUGUGUUUGGAUCCAAAACCAGGUGCAAGAUGGCUUUUCUGGACUGAUUGGGGCGAAAAUCCUCGCAUUGAACGUAUCGGCAUGGACGGUACCAAUCGUUCUACUAUCAUCAAUACCAAAAUCUACUGGCCCAAUGGAUUAACUUUGGAUACCACUACUAAUCGUAUCUAUUUCGCAGACUCCAAGCUAGAUUUUAUCGACUUCUGCAACUAUGAUGGUACUGGACGCCAAAACGUUUUGGCUGGCAGCCAUUACCUACUGCAUCCUCAUUCUUUGACAAUUUUUGAAGACACUUUAUAUUGGACUGACAGACAACUGAACAGAGUGUUAUCAGCACAUAAGUUUAAAGGAAACAAUCAAACAGUAGUUUCCCAUUUGAUAUCACAACCUUUAAGCAUUCAUGUUCACCAUCCAAGCCUGCAGCCUGUCACUGAGAACCCUUGUGCACAAGCGACCUGUCAGCAACUAUGCUUAGCUAGUCCCAGCUCUGCUAGCGGUUAUACUUGCAAAUGUAGCGCCGGCUUCAAGCUGACACCAGAAGGAAAAUGUACAGAAGAUGACACUCCGUUUAUACUUUUAAUGAGAGGAACGCAAAUUAUUGACACAAGUCUCACUCCAGGAGAUAAUGUAGCAGGAAUUAUUACUCCUAUUGUCGGAAUUGAAAAUGGAAAACAGGUUGAAUACGAUAAGAAAACUAAUGCUAUCUUCUGGUUGGAAGCUAGAGCAGACGAUGAAGAUAAUUGUACUCUCUGGACAACUCCUCUAGGCGGUGGAAACAAAACCCAAUUCUUAGGUAUCGACAAUGGCAUUGUAGGUGCACCAAGUGCCAUAGCAUUCGAUUGGUUGGGCAGGAACAUGUUUAUUGCGAACAGAAUUGCGAGCAACUUUGAAGUUGUGAGAGUCGAUGGCAAAGUACGUCACCGAGCCAUUAUUCUUGCUAAUGAUGGUAAUAAAACGUCAGUGGCUAAUCCCAGAGCCAUUUGCUUGGACCCGACUGAAGGAAAAUUGUAUUGGACUGAUGCUGGUGGCAAUGGAGUACCGCAAAAGAUAGGAAAAGUUAAUAUGGAUGGUUCUAAUUCAGUUAUCCUCGUGGAAGAUGGUCUUGAACGUCCAGAAGCUAUUGUCAUUGACAUCGAAUCCAAAACGCUAUAUUUCAGCACACUAGGAAAACCUUUCAUCCAGAGUAUUAAUACUAAUGGAGGUGCGAGAACAACAAUUUUGACUGAAGCGAAUAAUAUUGCCAGUCCUAAAGCACUUAGUAUUAUGGGUAGCCGAUUGUACUAUAUGGAUCCUAGUUACGAAAAAUUAGAGCAAGUUGCCUUGCCUUCUGGCAAUAAUCCGAGAAUUCUUUUGGAAAAUGAGCCUGACUUGAAGACAUUUACAAUUUUCAAGAAGAGGCCAUUUGUAGAUCAUCCGUGCUUAAUCAAUAACGGCGGCUGCGAGCAAAUUUGUAUCCCUGCAGAAGGCAGAUCUCGUAAAUGUGUUUGUAGUAUUGGUUAUAAGGGUAGCGACAUGCAAUGCGACUCUUACAAAACAUUUGCGGUUGUAACUCAACUGGAUACUGCUAGAGGGUAUAGCCUUAAAGAUUCAGCAGAAGCCAUGGUACCAAUCACAGGCCUUGGACAUCAUAUUUUACAUGUCGAUGUCCAUUAUGCGGAGAACUGGAUUUAUUGGGUGGAAUUUAAUAGAGGGUUCUGGAAUGGUAUUUUUAGAAUCAGGCCAAAUGGAACUGAACUGCAACACAUUAUCAAAGAUGGAAUCGGUAGUAAUGGAAUCAGAGGUCUUGCCAUCGACUGGGUGGUUGGCAACAUAUACUUCACCAAUGUCUUCCCCCAUGAAAAUUACCUGGAAAUAUGUAGAUUAGAUGGCUCAAUGCGCAAAGUCCUUGUGAAAACAACCACCGAUGCUCCACGAGAACUAGCAGUCAACCCGAUCAAGAGAAUUCUGUAUUGGCUCGAUUAUGGUCAACAUCCGAGAAUUGGAAAAGUUAAUUUGGAUGGAUCUGGAUGGUCGCCUUUGGUAACAUCCGGCAUAAGCAAUCCCAGAGAUUUGACUGUCGAUAUGAAUACUCACGAUGUUUAUUGGGUGGAUGCCAGAUUGGAUAUGAUACAAAGGAUUUCCUAUAGCGGCGGUAGCAGACAAGUGAUUAGACGUAAUUUACCAAACCCAAUGGGCAUAGCGAUCCACAAGAGCGACCUUUAUUGGGUGGAUCGCAAUUUGCGAGCUGUAUUCAAGGCUUCCAAAUUCCCGGAUAAUACCAGCCUACCAACUAGAGUGCGCUCUAAUUUAGAUAAGCUCCGCGACAUUGCCAUUUUUGAUAUAACUAAUCAACCUACAGAUGAUAGCAAUCCUUGUAGAAUCAAUAACGGCGGAUGUGAGCAAUUAUGUUUCACUUUCCCUAAUACUUCUUUGCUUAAAUGCGAUUGUGCUACUGCUAUUUCUGCCGAUGGUCGCAGAUGUCAAACUGUAGACGAAUAUUUAGUGUUCUCUACUCGUACUGAAAUUAGAGCUAUCAGUCUCGAUCCACAAACUACCACUUUGCCUUUCUCUCCUAUUGCUAACCUUACCAACGUUGUGGGUAUAGAUUUUGACUACAAACAUCAAACUUUGCUGUUUACUCAAAUCAGACCUUGGGCUAGGAUUGCUAGCAUGUCAGCUACUGCUCCUGAUGGCAAAAAUAUUGUUAAUAUUAAAAACAAAGGAAUAAAUCCUGAAGGUAUCGCUUAUGAUUGGACACAACAGAAAAUAUAUUGGACUGAUUCAUCUAAUAGAAGUAUUUACUCGAUGAAUCUAGAUGGAUCUGAAUUAGUCAUGAUUACUAGAGUUGAAAGACCAAGAGCUAUUGUUAUUGAUCCUUGCAAUGGAACUCUAUUCUACACUGAUUGGGGUAAAUUCGGUACUUCGGGCAAAAUUUUGCGUACCACCAUGGCUGGCUCACUAAAGAAAGUCAUCAUUGACAGAAACUUGGCUCAACCCAGCGGAUUAGCUAUCGAUUAUGACGAACACAUGCUGUAUUGGACUGAUGCGGUCCGUGAGAAAAUUGAAAGGAGUGAUAUGGAAGGCAAAAAUCGGGAAGUUCUAGUUUCAGCUACGAUUUAUCCAUUUUCAAUCACAGUAUUUGGGAAUCAUAUUUAUUGGACGGAUUUGCAAUUGAGAGGAGUUUAUAGGGCCGAGAAGCAUACCGGUGCUAAUAUGAUUGAUAUGGUGAAACGAUUAGACGAUAGUCCUCGUGAUAUCCAAGUGUACUCCACCAAACGUCAAGUAUGCACUGUAAAUCCUUGUCACAUAAAUAACGGAGGUUGCGCUCAAAGUUGCCAUCCCGGACCUAACUUCAAGCCAGAAUGUCGUUGUGAUGAUAACACGAAAUUGGUCAACGAAGGCAGAAUGUGCGUAGCCAAGAACCUAACAUGCGAUUCUAGCAAAUUCUAUUGCCGCAACGGCAGAUGCAUCUCCAGAAUGUGGGCCUGCGAUGGUGAAGACGACUGCGGUGAUAAUUCUGAUGAAGAUACAAACUACUGCGCUUUCCAUUCGUGCUCUCCGAACGAAUUCAGAUGCAAUAACGGCCGGUGCAUAUUCAAAUCCUGGAAGUGCGACCACGAAAACGAUUGCAAAGAUGGAUCGGAUGAAGAAAAUUGCAAUUAUCCUCCUUGUGCGGACGGCGAGUUUACUUGUCUCAAUCACAGAUGUAUUCCUAUGGCUCAAGUAUGCAAUGGAGUCAAUGAUUGUAAGGAUAAUGUUACUUCGGAUGAAACUCACGAGAGGUGUGGGCAUAAUACCACUUGUCCUCCUAAACAUCUUAAAUGCGAAAACACUAACAUUUGCGUGGAACCUUAUUGGUUAUGCGAUGGGGAUAAUGAUUGUGGGGAUAAUUCCGAUGAGAACCCAUUGCACUGUGCCCAAAGAACUUGUCCACAAAACAGCUUUAGAUGUUCCAAUCAUCGCUGUAUCCCAGCUACUUGGUAUUGUGAUGGAGAUGAUGACUGUGGCGAUGGUGCAGAUGAGCCACCAGAGUAUUGCAAAAGCGAUGGAAGAACUUGCUUCGGCGAUCUCUUCACUUGUGACAAUGGAAAUUGCGUGCCAAGAAUCUACAUUUGUGAUGGAGAUAAUGAUUGUUUGGAUAAUAGUGAUGAGGAUAGUCGGCAUGAGUGCAAUGACAGAAAAUGCGAUGAAGAAAAUGAGUUUACAUGUGAAGCUAACAAAGCCUGGGGCAGAGCCCAAUGUAUACCGAAAAAAUGGCUUUGUGAUGGUGAUCCAGAUUGUAUCGAUGGAGCUGAUGAAAAUACUACUCUUCAUCAUUGUGCCGCUCCGCAGACUUGCACUGAGGAACAAUUUACUUGUGGAAAUGGCAGAUGUAUUAAUAAAGGUUGGCUUUGUGACCAUGAUAAUGAUUGUGGAGAUGGUACGGAUGAAGGCAAAGAAUGCAAUUCCCAAUACAAAACUUGCGGCAACAACGAGUUCACUUGUCAAAACUUCAAAUGUAUCAGAAAUCAGUACCGUUGCGAUGGAGAGGACGAUUGUGGUGAUCAUUCGGACGAAGUUAAUUGCAAAAAGGACAACACAACUUGUCCAAUUGCUACACAAUUCCGUUGCAACAGUGGCCAGUGCAUCGAGGGUCAUCUCGUUUGCAACAAAGUGGCAGAUUGUGCCGACGAAUCUGACGAACCAUUGCAUUGUAAUGUUGAUGAAUGUGCCAAAGUGGAAAUUCAUCAGUGCGGUCACAAAUGCGUCGACACACUUACUGGCUACUAUUGCGAAUGUAAUCAAGGAUACAAGCUUCUCCAAGACGAAAAAGCGUGCGCAGACAUUGACGAAUGCAUAGAAACUCCAGGAGUAUGUUCGCAAUAUUGCUCCAACACCCCUGGCAGUUACUAUUGCAAAUGCAACGAGCAAUUCUACGAAAGAGAACCCGACGAGCACACUUGCAAACGAAAAGAUAAAAUCGAACCAUGGGUGGUGUUCACCAACAAGUACUACAUCAGGAAUAUGUCGAUCGAUGCCAAAGUUUAUAAUCUCGUACAUCAAGACCUGAUGAACGUGGUUGCUUUGGACUUUGACUAUCAAGAUCAAAAAAUGUAUUUCUGCGACGUCACAGCUAAAACCAUAUUUAGAACUCCAAUUGGUGGCAAUGAACGAGAAUCUGUUGUGAGGCAUGAUUCUCAUGGUUUGGAAGGAAUUUCUAUUGAUUGGAUUGGAAGAAAACUUUAUUGGUUGGACCGACACUCUAAGAACCUUGACGUAGCCGAACUAAAUGGUACCAACAGAAAAACAAUAAAAACAAGCAUUGCAGAUCCAAGAGCUUUGGUUGUCCAUCCAGGUACCGGAUAUUUGUAUUUUACUUCCUGGCAUUUGCAAGCUUACAUAGGAAAAUUGGGCAUGGACGGCACUAAUUUCACUAGGAUUUUAACCUGGAACGACGAUAUCGCUUGGCCUAAUGCUCUUACCAUUGAUUUCUUCACGGAUAGACUAUAUUUUGCUGAUGCCCAUUUGGAUUAUAUUGCCUUCACUGAUUUAGAAGGACGUCACAGGCAUAUAGUUUUAUCUGGCAAUGCUGUUCCUCAUGUGUUUGCCAUCACCUUGUUUGACGACAACCUUUAUUGGACUGAUUGGAACCUGAAAGCAAUCUCAAGAGCCAAUAAAUUCACAGGGCAAGAUCUUCAAGUUUUAAGAAACACUACUCAUAAGCCUUAUGAUAUUCAUAUAAUGCAUCCAUUAAGGCAAUUGCCUUAUCCUAACCCUUGUGGUACCAAUAAUGGAGGCUGUUCGCAUUUGUGCCUGAUUUCACCACCUCCUGCAUCCAGCUAUUUAAAUAUUGAAGGUUACGGAGAAGAAGGAAUGACUGGAUUUACUUGCGCCUGUCCAAAUCAAUUUUAUUUAAGUCCCGAUCAUAAAACUUGCAUUGCCAAUUGCACAGAGGGACAAUGGCUUUGCAAGGGUAACGAUGAAAAAUGUAUUCCAUGGUUCUGGAAGUGCGACGGUGAAAAGGACUGCAAAGAUGGUUCUGAUGAACCAGACACUUGCCCACCAAGACAGUGUCGCAAUGGAACCUUCCAAUGUAAAAAUAAUAAUUGCACACCAUCAGCCACUAUUUGUGAUGGAACUGACGAUUGUGGUGAUAAUUCUGAUGAAGCCAAUUGCGACAAAGAGUGUCCAGAACUUGAAAUGAAGUGCAAAUCAAACGGCAGAUGUAUCCUCAACAGUUGGAAGUGCGAUGGGGACGCUGAUUGUAAAGACGGCUCAGACGAAGACCCGGCCAUUUGCCAUAACAGAAAGUGCGACGAAGAAACUGAAUUUGCUUGCAAAAACGGCAAAUGCAUCCCGAAAUUGUGGAUGUGCGACUUUGAUAAUGAUUGCGGCGAUGAUUCUGACGAACCGGCCUACAUGUGCAGACAAAGAAAUUGUACCACCGGUUGGCAGAGGUGUCCCGGAAGGACCAAUUACAGGUGUAUUCCGAAAUGGCUCUUCUGUGACGGGAAAGAUGAUUGUCGAGACAACAGUGACGAGUUACCUGAAAAUUGUCCAGAUUGUAAUGCUCAAACGGACUUUAAAUGCAAAAACAACCGUUGCGUACCCAAACAGUGGACGUGCGACUUUUCAGAUGACUGUGGCGAUGGUAGUGAUGAAGUUGACGAUAUGUGCAAAGGAGUUUUUAGACAAUGUUCCGAAUCAGAAUUCCAAUGUUCCAACGGCAAAUGUAUCUCGUCAAGAUGGAGAUGCGACCACGAAGACGACUGCGGAGAUAAUUCCGAUGAAAUCGGCUGCAGCGGCUUCCAAUGCAAAAACGGAACGUUCCAAUGCGCCAGCGGACAUUGCAUUGCAUCCUACUUCAGAUGCGACGGCGACCGGGACUGCAGGGACAUGUCCGACGAGAAAAAUUGUCCACCCAAAUAUCCUGGUGGACGUUAUUGUCCAGAAAACAGGUUCCAAUGCGACAAUCAUUUGUGCAUUAGUCAGGCGGACUUGUGCGAUGGUGCCGAUGACUGUGGAGAUAAUUCCGAUGAAGCGCCUUCGUUGUGUACCAACUUUAAUUGCGAUAGCUUGAAGAGGUUCCAGUGUAAUAACCACAAGUGUAUUCCUAGAUAUCAACUUUGUGAUGGUAUAGACAACUGCGGCGAUGGUUCCGACGAAAACAACAUGACCCUCUGCGGUAAAAAAGUGAAACCUUGCAACGCCUUCACAGAAUUCAAAUGUGCAAACGACAAAUGUAUCGAGAAGAAGCAAAUUUGCGAUUUCGCUGACGAUUGUGGUGAUAGUUCUGACGAAUUGGGUUGUCAUCACAAUAACGUUUGCAGCGAUUUGACUAGAGGUGGUUGCGAGCACACUUGUACCAACCUUACAGGAGGCGGAUAUAUUUGCUCGUGCUUCAGUGGUUUUAUUAUAUCAAAAGAUAACAGAAAAGUUUGCUUGGAUGUGGAUGAGUGCGCCACUGGACAACAUCAUUGCUCUCAAGUGUGUACCAACCUCAAUGGAACUUAUGCUUGCUCCUGCAAAGACGGAUUUAGCUUAUCUGAUCAAUUGUCAGGAGUGUGUAGAGCAAACGUAGAAAAUUCUGAGCUACUUUUCGCCAACGGUCCAGAAAUUAGAGCCUUAGAUUUGAGACUGAAAGACGAAAAAGGAAUUAUUACUGAAGAAAAACGAAUUGAAGCUGUCGAUUAUGAUCCUGUUGCUCAUAUGAUAUUUUGGGCUGAUUCUUAUGAUAAAACUAUAAAGAGGAGCUAUUUGCCUUUGGCACUCAAUGGAGAUGUUAAGACUGGAUUUGCACAGGAUUUGGAAAUGAAAGGAAGCUCCAAACCUACUGCGAUAGCUGUCGAUUGGGUUGCUGGUAAUUUAUACUGGGCGGAAACUGAUAGGGCUGGAUCCAAACCAAAAGGUCGCAUUAUGGUGGCCAAAACGGAUGGACGUUAUCGCAGAGCUUUAGUUAAUGCAGGCCUAGAAAAUCCAACAUCUUUAGUCUUAGACCCACAGCUUGGACGUAUGUUCUGGACCGAUUCUGGUUCGGCUCCCAAAAUUGAAGUGUCCUGGAUGGACGGUUCUAAACGUCGUCCACUGAUAACAGAUGAAAUUCGUCAUCCUACUGGAUUAGCCAUUGACUAUGCCAUGGGUCAUACCUUAUAUUGGGUAGACACUAAAUUGAAUACAAUAGAAACUAUGAGACCUGAUGGUACAAUGCGAAAAGUUCUAAUUAAAGGCGACAUGUUGAAACAUCCAAUAUCUUUGGAUGUAUUUGAGAAUUAUUUGUAUUGGAUCACUAAGGAUACUGGGGAAGUGGUUAAGCAGGAUAAAUUUGCAAGAGGCGUACCUGUGACUGUGCAAAGAGAUCUUUUAAAUCCAUCCAGCAUUAAAGUAUUGCACGAAUUAAGAUACAAUACCUCGUUGCCCAAUGCCUGCAGAAAUAACCAAUGUUCACAUUUAUGUUUGAUUGUGCCCAACGGGCACAGAUGCUCUUGUCCUGAUUCUUCUGUAAUGCCAUCUCACAAAACCAAAGCAGAAAUCAUUUGUGAUGCUCCUAUAGAAUCGGAAAGAGCUCUCCCCAGAGUAUGCCAGUGUCAAAACGGUGGUCUUUGUAGGGAAGAUGUUAAUGGCGAGCUCUUAUGCGAGUGUUUGCCCAAUUACCAAGGCCAGUACUGUGACUAUUUGACAGCUCAUGGCAGUAGUACCGGUGGAAAUACUGCCACAGCUGUUGUGGUUCCUAUUGUGGUCAUUUUGCUUAUUUUGGGGGCUGCCACUGGUGUAUGGUUCUUUAUUAGGAAGAGACCAUUCGGAAAAGGUGUAGGUUUAGGUUCCAUAGCCAGUAGUCAUAGUGUUUCAUUCAGACAAGGAACCAACGUUGAAUUUGGCUCGCAAAGUUUCAAUGGUUCAUCUGGGGCUCCGGAACCUUUGGAUGUUGCUUACCAUCUGGAUCCAGUCAAUAGCAAAAAUAGAGACUUCCAUAAUCCUAUGUAUGAUGCUGUACAAAAUAAUCCUGAGAUGGUUGGCAAUGGUAGUACAGCUCUCUACGAAGUACCUCCUGACGUUCCAAAAGUUAAGUCUGAUAGUUUUACAGAACCUCCAAGUGCUGUAAUAGCUCCAUCUAGUAUUACGCACAGAACGUCUCCACAAGUCCAAGUUAGACACAAAGAAACCAAUCCAGCCAACCACGACACUGGCAAAGAUACUCAAAAAUUAGUCGAGGAGGACUGCUGAUACACGGUGUCCCUCAAACGCCGUUAAUAUCUUAAAAUAUUUAUUUUUUUAAUUUUAUUGGAGAGGACGCAAAAUGGAUCUGAAAUCAUCGAAAAACUAGCGUCCCGAAGAAGAGACCAUCUGUGAUUUUUAUAAGUAAAGUGUAUUAUCAAAAAACCUGAACAUUCCAUAAUUUUAUCCAAUAUUUGUAUAGUGAUUAGUGAAGAUUCCAUAUUAUAUUUUUGUAUUGAAGCAAAUAGAGAGCCUGUUCAAAAAUUAAUAUAAAAGGGUAUGUUCAUAGUGCCAUUUUUCGCAAAACAGGUUUUCGAAGAAAAAAAGUAAUUAUAAAAGGGGAUCUUUUAGAAUUUUCUGUAAAUAUAAUUAAAUAUUAUUUAUAGCGCAUGUUGAAAUUGCCACUCCCCACUUACUUUUUAAGACGACUUUGAUUUCCAAGCUCUACAUAGAGGCAGUUUGUUCUAACUCUAAUAUACAUAUAAACUAAAUACCCGUCCAAAAGCUGUAGUGUUGUAUUAAAAAUACUUUAUUUUUCUGAAACUACAUAAUAUGCAUUGUUUGAAAAUUUUAUAUAUUUUUAAAUUUUAUCAACUUGUUAUUUAAUUCUUAUAGGUUUAUUAGUCAUAUCACUAUAUGAAGAGUUUACAAUAAUAAUUUUGUUUGUUGAUGCAGUUUUUGUCAAAUAUUGGGACAAAUUUUGUACUGUUAACGGACCUUUUACAAUCGAUUUUUCUUCAAUAUAAUGAUUGUACUUAAAUUGACAGCAAUGAGAAACGUUUUUGAAAGGUUCGAUGAUGAUAAUGUUUGAUUUCGUUGCAAAUACGUUUUUUUGAUAUUUGUACAUAUUUCUUGGGAACAAAACUGUAGUUUUAAUUAUAAUAUAAAGUGGUUGUUUUAAAAA